UUUGACAAUAACUCAUUUUUCACAACAAUUGAUCUAUAAUAUGUUUCCCUAUCAAAAUUAUUUCUUUAUCAAACAUAUUUUUUCAGACAAUGCUUGGCCUGUGCCGCCCCCAGAACUUAGUCUUUGUUGCUUUCCUGUGGAGUCUUCCACCACUUUCCCUGGCUGGUAACAUCCUGGUGUAUCCUGUAGAUGGAAGCCACUGGCUUAACAUGGACAUACUGCUCAGAGAACUUCACAAUAGGGGUCAUAAACUAACAGUGGUCCGUUCCUCCAAUAGCUGGUACAUUAAAGAGAACGCAACACACUACACGUCCAUCACCAUUCCUGUUUCACACAUCAGCAGCCUGGAGGAUCCAGAGUACAUGGCAUCUUUUUUGAGGAGAAACAUCGACAUUCAAAGAAACCAAGGGUCCAUUUGGUCAUUUAUACAUCUGCAGAAACAAUUGUUUAAUAUUUAUGAAGAGUGUUACAGAUCCUCUGCUGAGAUGGUGGGGACGAUCCUGGAAGAUAAAAAGCUGGUGAAAAAGCUUAAAACAUCCAAGUAUGAUUUAAUGCUGACUGACCCAUGCUAUCCAGGAGGAGUCAUUUUGGGUGCAUACCUGGGCCUACCGAUGGUCUUCAAUGUCCGGUGGAAUAUAAAUGGGGAGGGCCACUUUGCAAUCGCACCCUCGCCUCUUUCCUAUGUCCCGAUUAGCGGAUCUGGUGUAACAGACAAAAUGACCUUUGUUAAUAAAUUGAAAAAUGUCCUACAUUAUGGAAUUGGCCAGUAUAUAGAUCACGUCAUCACAAGGCCUCUCUUUCAAGAAGUUAUCAGUAAAUACAUAGAUCCGGAUUCCAACGUGUACUCUCUAACCCAAGGAGCUGAUCUGUGGCUUAUAAGAGGCGAAUUUGUAUUCGAGUUCCCACGUCCUACAAUGCCCAAUGUGGUCUACAUCGGAGGCUUCCAGUGUAAACCCUCCAAGCCUCUCCCUGCUGAAUUGGAGACAUUUGUUGAGAGUUCUGGAGAACAUGGGGUGGUGAUCAUGUCUUUGGGUACUUUGCUUGGAAAUCUGGUUACGGACAUAUCAGAAGUUGUCGCGUCUGCCUUCGCUCGCUUGCCACAAAAGGUGAUCUGGAGGCAUGUAGGGGAAAAGCCAUCUACUUUAGGGAACAAUACGCUGAUAGUGGACUGGUUGCCACAGAAUGACCUCCUAGGCCAUCCUAAAACGAAAGCUUUCGUCACACACGGAGGAACGAAUGGAAUUUACGAGGCUAUCUAUCACGGCAUACCGAUGCUUGGACUUCCACUCAUCUUCGAUCAGUUUGACAACAUGGUUCGCCUCCAGGGCAGAGGAGUGGCUCGAGUGCUCGACGUCACAGCAUUGGAUGUAGAUACACUUACACAAGCCCUGAAAGACAUUCUAGAUGAUAAUAAACCAUACCAGAAAAAUAUGCGCAGAAUGUCACGUUUAUAUCAUGACACACCCUUAAAGCCGAUGGACAGCGCCAUCUUCUGGCUGGAGUUUGUCAUGAGGCAUAAAGGGGCAGCGCACUUGCGUACAGAGUCUUACAAGCUACCCUGGUAUUCCUACCACAACUUGGAUGUAUUGAUGCUUCUAGCAAGUUUGUUCAUGGCAAUCUGUCUGUUUCUGAUCUUAAUGAGCAGGGGUGUGCUGAAAGUUUUGGUCAGAAAAACAAAAAACAAAAAAGAGUGAUGUAUUUGGCAACACUAAGUUUGCAUUAUUGAAUAUUAUGCAGAAUUGGUUUAUAUUAGAGAGGAAACUGUAUGAAAAUUGACAUGAUUUACAUCACGUUUAAAGUGAACAAAAUCACCACGGUUAUCAAUUUUAUAAUGUGUUUGUGAAAAUUUUCUAGAUUUUACAUGUGAGAGCCUUUUUUUGCAUAAACAUCAAAUAAAUAACAUUACUCAUGGCACAUUUGGGGUUGUGAGAUAAAUGUUUCAAGCACAUUUACAGAGAGGCGAAGGGAAGGAAAAGAUGUGGUAGAAAAAAGUGUACAAGCAAUAGGGAUAACGCACCCUUGGAGAGGAUUGUAAAACAAAACCCAUUCAAAAAUGUGGGGAAAAUUCACAAAGAGUGGACUGCAGCUGGAGUCAGUGCUUUAAAAACCACUAUGCACAGACGUAUGCAAGACCGGUUUCAGCUGUCGCAUUCCUUGUUUCAAGCCACUUUCGAACAACAGACAGCGUCAGAAGACAAAAAGGACUGGACUGCUGCUGAUGGGUCCAAAGUUAUGUUCUCUGAUGAAAGUAAAUUUUGCAUUUCCUUUGGAAAUCAGGGUCCCAGAGUCUGGAGGAAGCGAGGACAGGCACACAAUCCACAUUACUUGAGGUCUAGUGUAAAGUUUCCACAGUCAGUGAUGGUUUGGGGUGCCAUGUCAUCUGCUGGUGUUGGUCCACUGUGUUUUCUGAGGUGCAACGUCGAAGCAGCCGUAUACCAGGAAGUUUUAAAGCACUUCAUGGUUCCUGCUGCUGACCAACUUUAUGGAGAUGUAGAUUUCAUUUUCCAACAGGACUUGGCACCUGCACACAGUGCCAAAGCUACCAGUACCUGGUUUAAGGACCAUGGUAUCCCAAGCAAACUCGCCUGACCUUAACCCCAUAGAAAAUCUAGGGGUAUUGUAAAGAGGAAGAUGCGAUAUGCCAGACCCCACAAUGCAGAAGAGCUGAAGGCCACUAUGAGAGCAACCUGGGCUCUCAUAACACCAGAGCAGUGCCACAGACUGAUCGACUCUAUGCCAUGCCGCAUUGCUGCAGUAAUUCAGGCAAAAGGAGCCCCAACUAAAUAUUGAGUGCAGUAUAUGCUCAUACUUUUCAUGUUCAUACUUUGAGUUGGCCCAGAUUUCUA